GGAUACUGCAACGGGAUACUGGCAAAAAAAAUUAGUUAAUCUACCUGUAGAAUUUACAAUGCUCAACAGUAGCACACAGUCACAUAUCAACUGGACUGUAAACAAUUUACAUGGAAUUCCUAGGGAUCUAUCUCCUUCUGAAGAGUCAUGUCUUCAUUACGAACAAUUGACAUUGUUCAUUAAAGAAAAUGUCCACGAUGAACCAAUUUUUGUCAAGGCACGCUCAAACCAACAAUGGUUGGAAAGAUUCAUCACUAAUAACAUCACCGAUCUACAUGAAAUAGGAUGCCCAAAUCUUCGCAAGCUGAAGAAGAUAUUCCAGUACAAACAUUGUUAUAAACAUUUGUAUAAUAAUAUGCAUUGUGCUUUAGAAAAUGUUCAUUUAUUAUUUAAUUGGAAUCUUAUAUCUAAUGCUUCAAACCAAAAAUUGGAAUAAAUACAAUAUCACACUACCGCCGUCGUUUCAUUUAUUUCUCUUCCCAUAUUAUUAUUAUUGGAUGAUAAAAUUAGGCUUGGCUAGGCGAGGCUUGUCUCUUGCAUAUGCAUAAAGCUUUUCUCAAUCACUACUCAUUUUGUGGGUCACGUGGUCUUUGGCCUUUUUUCUGCAUACAUGACGCCACGUUUUGGCACAUCUCACCCUCUGGUCAUAGGCGAUACACUUCUUGCAUGUCUGCAAAGUCUUCAGAUACCCAAAGUCAAAUAGAGGGCAAACAGAACAGAACCUGAUG